AUGGCCUCCGUCGGCGCAGCAGCGGACGCCGUGUUGCGCGGCCCGUUCGACCGCGUCCUCACCUUCGCCAAGGCCAUGGGGAAGUCAUUGACCGCGGAGCACUUGAGCGUCAAUAUGGAGAGGUCCCAGGAAAACCACGUUCACAUCCAGGUCUAUCACGACCUGGUGAAGACGUUUCACCGCGAGGGGGUCGGAUCUGUCUUCGCGUCGGCGGACUGCGACCCCUUCGCCUACGAUGCCGUCGAGGGGCGGCGGCUCGACAGCUUGCGGUCGGCCGACGCUUCAGCUGCCCAGCGGUGCUGGAAGGAGAGGGCGGCUGUGAGGGCUGCGAAAGUGGAGGCGGACGCGCUGGAAGAGCACGCGAUGUCCAUGAAGGACUUCCCCGAGGUGGACGACUCUUCGUGGCCUGUUCCCCGAGGCCCGCGACACCGUCGCGCAGUCUUGGCCACCGUCGGCGGCGCGAGUUUGGGCAGGAGCAUGCUUGCAGCGCGCGUGCUCCGCAAGCUGGGGGAUAUCUUGGGCCUGGGCAGAACCCUCAUUUGGACGUGGCUCAGCUCGCCGUUCGAUUGGACGCGCGACGCGGGCGCCAUCCUGGCUGGCGUGGGAGAUGCCCUGAUCUUGAACCAGAACUUGGCGAUGUUUCACACGGGCUACUGGCUGUCUAACAGACAGAACGCCACCGCGUUGAACUUGUCGGAAAAGGAUUUCGUCGGGGCGCCCGCCGCCCCCAGAGCGGCGGCGCCCGCCCCGCAGGCGUCGCCGCAGUCGCGGUGCGCGGCGGCUCCUGGCUAG